UAUUUUUGCGUGUAUGCUGCCUUAACUCUGACCGUUUCAUACUUAAUGAUUGUCACAUAUUUUGUGGCCAUCAUGUCAUACGACGUAAAAAGGAUUAAAGCAGGUCGAAGGGACUGUUUACCGUUCUGCCGCGCGCCACCGCCAAGGGAAAACGCCCCGGCCUGGGACGAGCCUCGUCUUCAAACCUCUAACAAGCUUAUGGAAGCCUGGGCCCGAUUUCUUACCUUAUCCGUGGUCAAAGUCUUUGUGAUAGUCUUCUCCUGGUGCUUUCUAGCGGCCGGGAUAUAUGGUGUUACAAAGGUGGAUGAAAGUUUUGACAGAACAAUUUUGGCCAAGGAUGAUUCUUACCUCAAGAGAUUUUUAUCUACUCAGAAAGAGUACUUUGAGCUGUCCAUUCCUGUGAGUGUUGUCAAGACUGGAAACAUCGAUUAUGGAAAAAGAUCUGUCCAGGAAGAAUUGAGAAGUCUGUCCAAAAUUGUGACCUCUAACAAGUAUUAUGAAAACAGAAAUUUGUCCUGGAUUGAAGUGUUUUCCCAGUAUGCCCUGCACACGAAUAAAAAUAUCCUCGGGUCGAACUUUACGCCGGAGUUGUUGUCGUUUCUUAAUAUAUAUUCAAAUUUUAAACAAGACGUGAAGUUUUCCUUAGACAAUAAAAGUGUCGAAGUCUCUCGAAUUAUGGGUUUCAUGAGAACCUCGACCAGCUCUUCUUUUCAGAAAAAUGCCAUGCUAACGCUUCGAGAAGACCUCCAAACAGGUACAUUGAAAAACCUUGCAGCAUUCCCCGUCGCUCGACCCUUCAUUUUCUUUGAGCAGUACGCAAUCACGUCAAGGGAAACCGUAAGGAACCUUUUAAUCGCGGCCUUAGCUGUACUGAUUGUUACAAGCCCCUUUCUAGUGGACUGUACUGUUACGCUCCUAGUGGUGCUAAACUUUGCUGCCCUGAUAUGUGAGCUGUUUGGAUUGAUGGUGAUCUGGGGCGUAUCUCUGAACUCUGUAUCCAUGAUCAAUCUUGUCAUGGCUAUAGGAUUCGCGGUUGACUACAGCGCUCAUAUUGCGCAUGCUUACGUGAUGUCAGACAAGGACACAGCUAAUGAACGUGUUGUCGAAGCUCUGAGCACGCUCGGCGCCAGUGUUUUGAUGGGAGGUGAGUUUAUUCAAGAUAAGUUAAUGGAGAACAACUGUUUUGUCGUCAUUUUUUUCCUCCUUUUUCCCCAGAGGAUAGGCGUUGUUCAUGAAUAAAAAAGUCUUAAUCUACUAGACUUUAUGGUAAAACAAUGAAAUGGGUUCUGUGAAACCGUGGGUUGCCAUCGAAGUUACGAAUCCUUCUUGAUGAAAACACGAGAAUAAGUGUAGAUUGCGGAGCAGGCAUUCCUAUGCUAAACGCUAAAUAGCGCCCCCUUUCCUAACGUUUUUUUCUCUUGGCCCAGAUUUCGAGCUUAGUUUGUACAGGCUCGCUUUUUGAAUAAGCGAGAAAGUCGCCAGUACGCGCGUGCCGAAAGGGGAAAGGGCUUGAAUGCUUGUAGGGGAACCGGCUCUUCCUUCGAAAAGACCAAAAAAUUUUUCUUGUUUUCCUUUGUGUGUAGUCAGUGUGGGGUUUUGUGUUUUGGAUUUUGAUAUCCCACAGGCAUUCAUGCAGGAAUACCUAAAACAUUGUUCCUUCUUUUAAUUUCUGUCUUAGCCAAGCAAAAUGCAACUUGGACGGAAAGUUUUCGACUCGCGCACUUGGCAUUUAGUCGGUAGUCCCUGCUGUCAAACUUUCUCCCCGGACCGCUGGAUGGAUUUCAGCGUGAUACCUUUUUGCCGACAUCGUGCACUACAUUGUGAAAAUAGUCAGCUUUGACAGCAGAAUUUCUAUGAGCAGUUUUAAAAAUUGAAAUAAUUUUAAUAGGGAGACAAUAUCACCAGUGGCUAAAGGAUACUAGCUGAAUUCUUUUCGCUUUAUUAUUUAUCAAGGGCCCAUCACCCGGAAGGUCCGUUCAAUGCUUAGACUGUGUUUUAGACUGAAGUAUACUUUUAGAUUUCUUUUCGCAUGAGCGAAAUUAACCGUGCUCACAAACUCUUGCUAGGCUCUUGGCUGAUCUUACCCAUUAUCAUUUCGUUCACUUCAUGUCCUUCAUUCAUCAUUUCAUUCAUUCAUUCAUUCGGGCAUCCAUCCAUCCAUUCAUCCAUCCAUCCAUCCAUCCAUCCAUCCAUUCAUUCAUUCUUUUCAUUCAUCAUUUUAUUCAUGGUAUUAUUCAUUCAUCAUUUUUUUUAAUCAUUCACUCUAAUUCCUUUCAGGUUUUAGUACUUUUCUUGGCAUGGUAGUUCUGGCCUUUGCCGCUUCCGAGAUUUUCCGGAUAUUUUUUAAAAUGUUCCUUGGUAUCGUCGUGUUCGGCCUUCUACACGGACUGUGCACACUACCAGUAUAUCUCUCUUUAUUCGACUCGAAACCUGCUAUAACGAAGCCCAUCUCGGCUGUUCACGUGAGCGACGAGUACCAUUCUGAAAAUGACGCUGUCGUUGAUAGAUUACAACUCGACGGCAAAGGAAGAAAUGAAAAAGUGAGUACAGAUGGUGAUUUGAGAAGCGCGUCUUCGAAUGAAGGCUUUGAACUGCACGAGCAGCAGCCUUUGAACGAAAGCGCUGAUGAUUACUGCCGAUCUAAAGGCGAUGCCACUGAUUAUGUGAUGAACGAACAACACGGUGGGGAUGAAGGGGCCAUAAAGACGACCAAAGAGGGCGAUUUGAGGAGUGCCUCAUCGAAUGAGGGUUUUGAACUGAACGACCAAUCUCGGCCUUUGGACAGAACCGUUCUAGUUAAGCAGGCACACCAAGAAAAUAAUGAGAGUAAUGUCCACAAUGAAGUACAUGACAUAGAAAAGGAGGACAUUGAAGUUGAGAGUAACGAUCCUACAGAGGUUCCGCAGAAAUCCAACGCUGAAGAAAGUGGAGGAGAGCGUUUCCUUACAACGCAAGCUAGCGAACCUGGACAAGAAGAGGGCGGAAAUUCAAAUUCGAAGAGAUAUGCUGAACAAGAUACUCCCCUUACGUUAAAUGAGCAAAACAUUGCAUCGGAUGACUCAACAAAAUUUUAG